AUGGGUUCAGUUGAAGGAACCAUCAAUGAGGACCCAUCCGCUCUCAUUGCGAAGUUAUACCACCUUGCUUCGAGGCUCAAUAACGAAAAGGACCAUGAAGCAAAGACGGAAUGCUUGCAGCUAAGCAAGAAACUCACAGCCCAGCUGGAACAGCCAGAAAAUGUUGCAGUGGAUAUGGCCUUUUCGCCUAUGAUCGCUGUUAGUGCACGGAUUGCUGUCGAUUUGAAUUUGUUUGAGCACAUUGUCAAGGAAGGGCCUGUUACAUCUGCGAGGUUGGCCGAGCUGUCCGGUGCCGAGGAACUGUUGAUAAUACGUGUUUUGCGGCCUUUGUCAACAUCCCACUUUGUCGAGGAAGUCGCAUCAAAAACGUGGAAAGCGACGCGUGUCUCAAAGGCCAUGGCCACCGAAGAAAUUGCGGCUGGCCAUCGGAUGAUUUCCCGCUUGAUUGUUCCCGCUAUGCAAAGCGCCCCUGAAUUCUUGCUUCAGAGAGGCCAUUCCUGCCCCGUUGACCCCAAGGACGGACUCAUGCAAUUUGCCUUUGACACAAAACAAACCACUUUCGAACGUAUUACAUCGACACCAUCCUUGCUCAAAGAUUUCAACAUGUUUAUGGGCAACACGAUGGGCGCGCGAAAAUAUUGGGUUGACUGGUACCCAGUGCAGAGCCAAAUUCUAGACGGGGUGACUCUAGACAAGGCUUUGAUAGUGGAUGUAGGCGCAGGAAAGGGUCACGACUUGUUGGCAUAUAAGAAUAAAUUUCCUAACACAGGCAGACUGGUGUUGGAAGAUUUGCCAGCGGUCGUAGAGGCACUUGGAGACUUGGACUCUGCAAUCGAUAAAGUCGCAUAUGACUUUUUCACUGAGCAGCCCGUAACAGGUGCAAGAGUUUAUUUUUACCAUCAUAUCCUACAUGACUGGUCGGAUUCCUAUUGCCUUAGAAUUCUUGAAAAGGUAGCAUCGGCAAUGACGCCAGGAUACUCGAAGCUUCUUCUGCACGAAAUUAUCGUUUUGGAACGAGGAGCAUCGCAGUUCCAAGCACAAUUGGACAUGACAAUGAUGGCUUUCAAUGGAGGGAUGGAACGUACAAGGCAACAGUGGAGUACACUGUUGGAGAAGGCAGGUCUUAAGGUGGUUGAGUUCUGGGACCCAGUGGAUGAGGGUGGUGAUGGAAUCGUUGAGGCGAUGAGGGUAUAG